AGCGUUUUUUCGAUCAUAAGAACAUAGUAAAUCCCUUAAAUGUGAAGUGAGUCCAAGACAAAACUCAGAGGUGGCCAUGCCUUUGUGGACAAUUCACCUAGAAGGUGGUCCAAGGCGUGUCAAUCAUGCAGCGGUUGCCAUUGGUGACAGGAUUUAUUCCUUUGGUGGAUACUGUACAGGAGAAGAUUAUGAUGUUACUCGUCCUAUGGAUGUUCACAUCUUAGAUACAUUAUCACUAAGGUGGAAGUUACUACCAACUCCGGAUGUAUCUAGUGAUACACCGGUACCUUAUCAAAGAUAUGGACAUACAGCUGUUACCGUGGGAGACUGUGCCUAUAUCUGGGGUGGUAGGAAUGAUAAAGAUGGUGCUUGUAAUAUUUUAUUUUGUUUUGAUAGUAGUAAUUUAAGCUGGUCUAAACCUACUGUAUAUGGUAGAAUACCAGGUGCUAGAGAUGGUCAUUCUUCCUGUUUAAUUAAUAAUAAGAUGUAUAUAUUUGGUGGAUUUGAAGAGGAGAUUGAUCGAUUCAACAACGAAAUUCAUUUAUUUGAUUUUGAAAAUAUGUCAUGGAGCUAUGUUAAAACUUGCGGACAGCCGUCAAGAUGGCGUGAUUUCCAUACAGCAGUGGGUAUAGAUAAUAUAAUGUAUAUAUUUGGAGGAAGGAGUGAUGAAGGUGGUGAUAUCUUUACUAAUCAUGAAAUAUAUUGUAAUAAAAUACAGACUUUUAAUACUAUCACAAAUACCUGGAGUCAACUACCAGUAACACAUGGUGCUAUACCUUCUGGACGCAGAAGUCACUCUGCUUUUACAUAUCAAGGAUUAAUGUAUAUAUUUGGUGGUUAUAAUGGUAUUUAUGAUCAACAUUAUAAUGAUGUUUAUGCCUUAGAUCCGGUGAAAAUGGAGUGGAUGGAAGUUAAAGUAAAAGGUGAUCAACCCUGUCCUAGAAGAAGACAAUGUUGUUGUAUUAUUGGAUCUCAAGUCUUCUUGUUUGGUGGCACCAGUCCAAAAGAUCAACACACUCAAAGAACAGAGAAUGAUUUAUUAGAUCAUUCAGAUUUAUAUGCAUUAGAUUUCUCUCCUUCCUUAAAAAUUUUAUGUCAAUUAGCUGUAUUAAAAUAUAAGUUAGAAACCAAGUGUCUUCCUGCAGAUUUGAGGUGGGAUUUAACAGCCAUGACAACCAAUAACACUAUUAGCAGAUCAUGUAAUACCAAUGGCUGA